CCCCAUCACUGCACCGCACGUCUCUAGUCUCCUCAACUCGCGCGUUUCCUAGAGGAUCCCAUACCCAGCCCCUCCCGCGUGACUAUAACGGACGGCCAUGGCGGCGUCAGGGGCGGACGCGGUGAGCGCGUGGCUGCUGCAGACCACGAGUGCUGACGAGGCCGCCGUGAGAUCUGCCAGCUCAGCACUGGAGGAAGCUUCCAAGCACCCGGGGUUCCUGGGCCACGUGCUGUCCGUCGCAGCAGUGCCCGGCUCCCCUGCAGCUCUCCCUGCAGCCCUCUAUUUCAAGAACGUUGCCGUGGUCAAGUGGCGGGGGGCGGGCAGCAAGGGGCACGUGCAGUUGCCAGGGGGGAGGGAGGAGCAGGAGGCGGUGCGGGUGCAACUGGUGGAGGUGCUACUGCGGUGCACGCCAGGGAAGAUCCUGACCGUGCUUACGGAAGCGUUCUCUGCGGUGGUUCGAACCGAGUUGGCUUCCCCCUCCGGCUGGCCGCAGCUACUCCCAGGGCUGAAAGCGGCCCUGCAGUCCAUCACUGUGCUUACAGUCCUUCGUGCCGUCACUAAGCCUUACAGGUACUUCCUGGACCCCAGCAAGGAGAAGGAGCCCGUGCCGCCAGUGCUAGAAACGAUCACCUCUGACCUGCUGCUGCCGCUCAUGCCGCUCAUGCACCACCUCAUCACGGCUCAGGCGCAGCUGUCAAGCCCUCAAGCACCAUCACCUCACGACGAAGCCCUCCUGCUCAUCCUCAAGACCCUCCACCUCUCGGUGCAGAGCCACAUGCCAGCCGCCAUUCGCAAGAAUCUCGAUGCCAUCGUCCCUGAGCUGCUGCUUCUGCUAUCGCACUGCCCGGCAACCCUAGCUGCUGCAGCUGCUGCUGCUGCUGCCGCCGCUCAGGAGGGCAUGGAGGGGGGAGGGGGGUCGGCGGAGGGGGGGGCUGUGGUGUGGGAGGUGCGGCUGAAGGCGAGCAAGAGAGCGCUGCAGAUCUGCCAAGCGCUGGCGAGCCGGCACCAGAAGCUGGCGAAUAAGCACUUUCCCGCCAUGGUAGACUCCAUCAUGGGCAUCGUCUGCAAUUCUCUGUGGACCAAUAAGCCCUCUUCAGCUGCCCGUCGUGUUGCCGCGGUUGCUUUCAACGCCAUCUCGCAAGUGCUCGACUCCGCUCCGGGUUGGAAGGUGGUGGCUCCCAACUUCGCCCAUCUGCUUGAGUCGGCCAUCUUCCCCGAUUUGGAGCUGUGGGAUGAGGACGAGGAGGAGUAUGUACUACGGAAUCUACCCACAGAUUUAGAUGACUUGGAUGAGAUUGACAGCUAUGAUCCACGGCAGUGUGCUGCUCACCUGCUGGCGCUCAUUGCCACUUCCAAGGGCAGCCCAGCCAAGGGCAAGCCGGGAGCAGCAGCCGCACCCUCCAAGUCGACUUCACCAGCAGCAGGCAGAAGGAGACAGAGACGGCCGGCCGCCACUAAGGACACGGAUGCAGCAGCUGCCACUGUGGUGCUUCCUUUCCUCUCCAGGUUCGCCGUACCGGCCGAUGCUGCAGUCCCGUUGGACGGCAUGUUUGCGCCGGGGGAAGGGGGCGGCUGGCUCCUGCGGAUGCAGCCAGUGCUGCUGUCGUCCACGCCACGUCAGCGCCGUCCUACUGGCCUCUGCCACGUGGCUGCUGGGAGAGCUCUCUGCCGCCCUGCCAGAGUCCCUGCACGCCCCUGUGUACGGGGCGACCAUGAAGGCCAUGGCAGCGGGGACGUGGACGGGCAGUCGUGGGCCGUGGUGCGCACUGCGGCCUCUCAUGCCGUCUCCUACUUCAUCCAGAAUGACGUGGAGCCAUCCGAUUGGCUGGCGUUUCUUCAAGCCAUAGUAGCAGCAACAAGGGCAGCAGAGGAGAGCGAGGCAGUGAGGGCUCUGGACCUGUUGGGAGUCAGUGGCGGUGGAGGGGGGGAGGGCGUGCACGUGCACCUGCCAGCCAUUAUUGAUGCGGUGGCCAAUGACACGUGUGCUGCUCUGCCACCCCAAGACCAGCCCUGGUCUCAGGGGGGGAAGGGGGAAGGGGGGGAGGGGGGAGGGGGGGGAGGGGGGGGGGGAAGGGGGGGGAGGGAGGGGAGGGGGAGGGGAGGGGGGAGGGGAGGGGAGGGGGGGAGGGGGGAGGGGGGGAGGGGGAGGGGGAAAAGGGGGAAGGGGGAAGGGGGGAGGGGGGGGGGGGAGGGGGAGGGGGGAAGGGGGGAGGGGGAGGGGGCAAGGGGGGAGGGGGAGGGGGGAGGUGGAGAGGGGGAAGGGGGAAGGGCCGUGUGUGGGCGCUCUUCUCAGCGCUGGCGUCUCUGGUCGAGUCAUGGGCCGAUGACGAGCUGCCAGGGGGAGAGGACGAGGAGGAGGUGGAGGAAGGCGAGGAGAGGGAGGGGAGGGAGGGAGCAGGGACGGAGGAGCGGAAUCGGAGGGGCGGUGGAAGUGGCAGCGUCUGUGGCGCGGGUGCUCAGAGUGGCAUGGCUGAAUGAGCCGGUAGAUCCAUCCCUCUUGAAGACCCAGCCAUCAGUCGCACCAGCAUCAGAGCAAGGGGAGGACAAGGAGCCGCCCCCCACCUCGUGGUUCGACGCCUCUCUGCUGCUCUCCUUCGUGCUCAAAGCCGCUGCCAACGUUCCCUCCUCAUCCUCCUCCUCCGUCCCUGCUGCUACAACCGCUGCUGCUACAACCGCUGCUGCUGCUACAACCGCUGCUGCUACAGCUGGUGCUGCAGCAGCGGAUGCAGUGGUGCUGGUGGGGCAGUGGCAGGUGGUGCCCCUGUUGGACAAGUGGGUGGAGCUGAUUGCAGAGUGGACGGCUUGGGAGGAGGAUGAGGACGAGGCGGUGUUCCAGACCAUCGAUUCUCUGCUUCUGUUGAACAGCCGGACGCCGCUGCCAGACUUCAUUUCCAAGGCCCCUCCGCCGCCUCCUCUGCCACCCGUGCCGCCCCGCUCCAUCCUCGAAGGCAUCGCGUGCUUCGUCUCGUCUGCGCUCUCCGACGGCUCUCCUGCUGCCACGUGGCGCGCAUCCAGGCACUCCCACAUGCUGCUGAACGCUGCUGCCGCCUCCCUGACUCGCCUCUCCUCCUCCCCCUCCCUCUCCACCAUCCGCUACAUCGCCAAGCCCCUCCUCCUCUCCCUCUUCUCCUCCCUCCUCGCCUCCCCCGCCUCCGUCUUCCCCCUCCUCCUCUCCCCCGCGCCUGCUGCUCCUGCUGGGGGGAAGGAGGCGGGGGAAGGAGAGGGGGAGAAGGGGGAGGAGGGGGAGGAGGGGGGGUUGAUGCUGGGGGUGGUGGUACGGUGCGUGGAGAGCCUGCUAGCCUUGCACGCAGAGCCUGGGCUGGUCUUGGAAUCAGAGCUGAAGCUCACAGUUCUCGCCCUGACUUGCCUGGUGCAGCAGUCGGCAGCAGCAGCAGCGCAGACAGGCGCGUCGCUCCCAGCAGUCGUGCUGGCAGCAGCAAUGGCAGCGAUGCUGCGGCUGAAAGCGGUGAAGGAGGAGGCGAGCAGCAUGGAGGGGAGCGAGGAGGGGGAGAUGGGGGAUGACGAUGACGAAGAAGAAGAAGAGGAGGAGGAUGAGGAGGAGGAGAUCGACCUAGAUGGGGAUCUUGACGAUGCUGAGCUGGAGGCCGCGCUGAUGAGGCGGUAUGCGGAAGCGGCGACCAUGAUUGGCUCGAUGGAGGAGGAGGAGGCUGACGUGGAGGACGAGUAUGGGAUCGAGCUCGAGCUAGGUCUCACAGGUUUGCAGGACGAGCAGGCGGCGGUGAGGGCGUGUCUGCAGCAGCACUGGGCGGCUCUCGGCCCGCAGGUGGUCACUCUCAAGCCCUCACUCUCUUCUAACUUCGCUGAGGCCUUCCCUCCGGCCAAGCCGUUCCUUCUUUAGAGCUGCUUGCCAGGCUCUCCACUGCUAGAGCUGCUGCUAGGCUAGAAGGGGAGGGUAAGGAAGGGAAGGGAGGGAGCUAUGUGGGGCCUCUGCUGCUAGAGCUGCUGCUAUGUGUGGCGCAUCUCCUGCCAGCACUGGGCUGCUCUUGGCCCUCAGGUGGCCACCCGCAAGCCCUCGCACUCUUCUGAGCCUUCCCUCCUGCCAAGCCGUUCCUGCUGUGAGGCACUUACUCCCUCCCGCUUUAAGGCAUCUCAAGACAGCGGUGAGAGCUCGUCUGCAGCAUAACCGGGCCGCUCUUAGCCCGCAGGUUGUCACGCUCAAGCCAUCACCUGCUGAAUUUUCUCAAGCCCUACCUCUGGUCAAGUCGUUAAUGCUGAGAGACAAUUAGGCUUAGGCCCUAUUGCAUUACUGCCUUGCAUGCAAAGUUCCUGCUAACUUUUAGGGCAGUCUGAGAAUCAGACAGGGUACGAAAGUUGUCUGACCAUCAUAUGAGCUGUUUGGCUUGGUCUAAAAUUUCAGAUGAA